CGAUGUGUCGCAACUCUGCAUUUUGAAUAGCGCAGUAAAACAGUUUCCAAACAUUGUAUUGAUACGCUUUCGACGUCAGCCAUUUCUGAUUCCGGGUGCACUAUUUCGAAGUUCCCCCAAGCAUAAUUGCACAACAAAAUUGUAUUAACAAAAAAGAAACACACAUACCUACACUUAUUUCAAAGCUAAUAUUGUACACUCACCGGUCGAUCUCUCCCUCUGGUGGGAAGGGAUACAGAGGCACCCCUAAUCCGCAUCCAACGAUACAAGCCUGGUUGACCUUUUCCUGUUAUAAAAAAUAGCAAACAAGCAAUUAGAAUAUGCAAUGAAACACCUAAUUAUUAGAGGUACCUUGGUAGUAGGUACACCAUGGUAAAUAUUCGCAUAAGACUGUUGAUUAUUUAACUUAUAUGGCUAGUUACGUUUCAUUCUUACCUCGUCCAUUGUGUUCAUUUGCUCGUAGCAAAAGCGACUACCUGGCAACCUAUAGGGGUUGAAUUUUACUUAAAUUUAUACAUUUAUCCACCAAAGUCGUUUGAUAAAGUGAUAAACUUUGGUUAAAUAGAUUUCCAUACAAAGUUUUACAGUUCAGUUAUCAAAAUGAUAAAUUUAUCACUUUAUCCAGUUUAUCAAGAGUAUAUCACUUUUGAUGAAGACCCCUAUUAUUUAUUCAAUAACAGAACAAAGGAAAUAAACAACAAGAAAAUAAUAUUUGUUCACAAUUAUGAGCACUGAUCUGGCAUUUUGUUCAAGUACGUGUAGGAAUGAAAUACAAUAAUCAAUUUCCUUCUGUUUUUCUUUCUGAAAACCCGAAUUGUCUCAAAUUUAGUGACUUGAGAUGACACUGGAUUAUUGAAUACCAUCAUAAAGGCCGGUCCACAUAGAACUUUCGCGUUGGCUUUGGCGUUGGCGUUGGUUUGACAGAACGCACGUUAAAACUAUCGCAAUUAAAAUGUUGUCUAAAGAAGCGGUUGAAGUCAUUUUAAUUGCACUAAUGAUGUACGAGACUCGCGAAUGUUUGCGAAAAAUAAAUUCCCGCCGGGAGUCUUGGGUGAGACCACUUUACUUAAGUCGGGAUAUCAAUGGACUAUUUGCAUCAAGUUUUGAAGAAAUGUAUAAUAAUGACACUGAGCAGUUCAAAAAAACGGUUAGAAUGAGCAGAACGAUGUUUGACCAUCUCCUCGGACUUGUAGGAGAGCGUCUUACUAAGCAUUCCAAUAGGCCAUCAAUACCUGCCGCAUUAAGACUCUUUUUAACUUUGAAUUAUUUAGCACAUGGAGGUAGUCAGCACAUGCUCGCCAUAUCAUAUAAAAUGGGACGCUCCACGGCAAAUAAAAUCGUUUUGAAAACAUGUGAGAUUCUUUGGGAUGAACUGGGUGGCAUAUACUUGUCUAUACCAAACCGACAUGAAUGGAAACGUAUUGCAAACGAUUUCAAUUCGAUUUGGAACUUUCCCAAUUGUGUAGGUGCUAUUGACGGAAAGCACAUAAUAUUAAAGUGCCCUCCUAGCUCGGGAUCCUUAUUUUACAACUACAAGGGAACAUACUCCAUCGUACUUUUGGCAUGUUGCGAUGCUAAUUACACGUUUACCUGCAUCGAUAUUGGUGCAUAUGGCUCUCAAAGUGAUGGUGGUGUAUUGUGCAAUUCGAGCUUUGGGAGAAGACUUUUCAACAACCAAUUAGACCUUCCCGAGGAUGAUAUUCUGCCACACUCCACCCUUAGAUUUCCUCAUUUUUUUGUUGGAGAUGAGGCAUUUCCCUUAAAAAGCUAUAUUAUGCGACCAUAUCCUAUUGAAAUUUUAUUCGUUUUUCUAAACAUACAUAUACGCUUUUUAGGAAUACGUUUGUCGCCUGACCGCGAACUUUUCAAUAAGCGUCUUUCAAGAGCUCGGCGCGUUAUAGAAAACGCGUUUGGAAUUAUGACAGCUCGCUGGAGAAUUCUUCUGUCCCCAUUGCAAAUGCAUCCAACGAGUGCCGAGAGCAUUGACAAAGCAACAGUGCUAUUACAUAACUUUUUAAAAAUGCACGAUGGCACUUAUUGCCCACCAGAAUUUGUCGACCAAUACCAAGGAGACAAUAUUGUCGGUGGUUUAUGGCGACAGGAAAUUACAACGCCCCUUCGACGAACUGGUCGAUUAAUGGCGAACAAUGCCGCCAGAAAUGCUUUCAAUUUGAGGGAUCAGUUAAAAGACUACAUAACCGCGCACCCUAUUAAUUAAAUAAUAAUAUUCUCUUUCAUCAAUUUGUUCUUAAACUAUACUUUUAGAUGUACCUAUUUUUUCAUAAAUUCAUUCUUUAUUAAUUAGUAUUGGUUGCUAUCCCAGAAUCCAUCGUAGUCUGAUUUUUCGUGAAAUCUACGAAAAUGCGAUCACUGGAUCCGAAUUAAAACGAAGGAGUGAAUUAAAAGUAUAUGCUACGUUCGUAGCUAAUCGAAUUCAAGGAUAGCAUUUUCGUAGAUUCCACGAAAAAUCGGACUACGAUGGAUUCUGUGAUAGCCAUGAUUAGCACAUCAUUUUUGUUUUGCUUUUUAAGCACAUACAAAAACGAUACAACAAGAUACAGCCCGCGACAAAACGGUAGCACAUCAAAAUUUUGAUCAGUUUUGACUAUAUAUCUUUUCUUUCUUCAUUAUUUUUCUAUAAAAUUAUAGCUCAUUAGCUAACAAAAAUCUUAAAAAUCCAAAUUUCACAAACUUUUCAUACCAAUUUCAAUCAUAUUUAUUAGAAUUUCUAAUCAUUUUUAGUAUGCUGUUUUAUAACAUAUACAAUUUUACAAAUUUUGAAAUUUAGAUUUAUAUGGCUUUUGCUGGAUAAAGAACUAUAAUUUAAUAAAAAAUAAAUGAAUGUUAAAGACAAAAGAAAAGU